GCACUGGGAGGGACUGAGAGGGGAAUGGGCUACUCUGGUGUGAACUGGGUCGUACUGGUAUGAAUCCCAGAAAACUCCCAUCCUCCGAAGGCCCCUUUACUCUUCUUUUUCCUCAUCCCGGAGGAUUUCGCCCCAAAUCCCACAAAUUCCCGCCCCGUUCCCACUUCUGUUCCCUUCCACCCUCCUCCCUGGUGACCUUUGGAAAACCGGCAAUCAUUUCACUGCUGGAAUUUCCGCCCUUUUUGGCUCCAAAGGUCCUGGGAGCCUCCGGAGCCUCCGGCCGCUUUCAAUCCCGAGAUUUUCGGGAGACCCAGCGGGCUCUUGGAAAACCAGAAAUGGGGCCCCGGAUCUGGAUCCUCGCCUUCAUCCCAUUACUAUCCAGACUCCACCCCACAAUGGGUAAUUUUAUGGGAUUUCAUGGAUUUCUUGAGCUUGGAAAAGACCCUGAGGAUCCCCAGAGAGCUUCUGGAAUUCUUUGGGAUUCGAGCUUCCAAAUUACUCCAUUGGGGGAACUCAGGGAACUUCCAUGGCCCGCUGCUCGUCCUGGACGGGUUGGAAGAUUCUGGAAUCCGCCUCAAGUGCCUCUCGGAGCGGCUCUUCUCUGAAGUCCAGGUGUUGUGGAUGGAUGGGAAAGGCAGGAAUAUCACUGGGAAUCCCCUGAGCACGGACACAGCCGGGAAUGCUGGGAGCUCCAUCGUCCUCACACCGGGAUCUGGGAACGCCGUGUCCUGCAGGAUCAUCGACAGCCUCGGAAAAACAUCCACAGAAUCCUCCAUCGUCAUUGCGGAGAGUUUCUUCCCAGCCAUUUCCCCCUGGCUCCCAGCUUUUGUGAUGAUCCUGCUCUUUGGAAUAUUCCUGGUCCUGGCAGCUGUUUAUAAACUCCGGAUCAACAAAAAGGCAAUGGAUCGGGAAAAAAAUGCCCAGAAGCAAAUUCAGGAGGACAUCGAGGACCUCAAGAUGGAGCUGGAGGAAGUGCAGGAAAAAUUCCAGAAGGAAAACCAGGAGAUGGAGUCGAAAAUCGGUGAGAAAAUUCCACAGCUUGGGGAAUUUCGGGAAUUUUGGGGUUUUGGGGCUCAGGGAAAAAAAAAAAAAAAACAACAAAACACUUUGGGGGGAGUGACACACCUGGGACAGGUGACACAGGUACCUCACCUGGCCCAGAUGCCCCUUUCCCAGCAGGACAGUGACGAAAUUUCUCUCCUUCCAGAACAAAUCCAGGCCCAGCUGGAGUUCAGACGUGCUCAAAGCAAUGCAGUCCCGCUGACCCUGGACGAGCUCUGCAAACAUCCCGAACUCUCCCUCCGGGAUCAAUCCCGGGUCGUUUCCUGCUCUGCCACCUCCGAGCAGCUCCACCCCAAACCCGUCAUCGUGUCCAAGGAAUCCUUUUCCCAAGGGAAGCACUACUGGGAAGUGGAGGUCGGGGCCGGAUCCGGCUGGGAGCUGGGCGUGCUGGCCGAGGAGAUCCGGGAUUCCCUGCAGAACGGCGGGAUGGUGCUGCCGCAGGAGCGGGAGCAGGUGCUCAGCCUUGGCUAUUCCCGAGGGGAAUUCAGCAUUCCCAGGGGCUGCAAUUGCAGGCCCUGCCCGGUGCUCGGGGUUUUUCUGGAUCAGGAAUCCCACAACCUUUCCUUCUUCGACGUGGAAGGGAAAAGCCUCCUUGCAUCGCUUCCCUUGAGGUUUUCUGGAAACCUCUUCCCAUUUUUCAGCCCUGGCUCCAAUGAGAAAGGGUUGGGAAUUCGCUCUGUGGGAGGUUGA